AUAAAAUGUCACGAUGAGCGAAUUACAGAAUAAUCAAACACCUGACGAAUGACUUUUCCCAUCAACCCUGCAAAAACAGGGAAAUGGCGCCUUCUCGUAACGUUUGGGGACCAGAUGUGAACAAAAGCUACAAAUGGAAUGCCACGAGGAUGCUGAGUGUGGUGAUUUUUUUGUGGGGACUCCAAACACCUGCUGACCUCAGAUCACGUCUGCCAUCACAACACGGCAACAAAAGCUCCCCCUUCAACACACACACCCCCCCCGGACCACCUCCUCCUCCCUCCGGCCGAGUUUAUAAGACGGCCUCCUCGGGCUCACGGCGAGGACUUUUUUACAGCGCCGACGAGAAGCCAGGUGCUUCUUUGAUGACCUUUUAAACCCCAACGAAAUGGGCGCGUUGAGAGUGUCAGGGGUGCUGAGGGUAUGGGGGGUGCUGUGCAUGAUGGGAUACGCGGGCGCGUCACCGCUUCUUGGCCAGGUGGAAUACUCCGACGUCUAUGACAACGAGGUGUCCAGAGAGCAACAUGAAGAUGAUUCCACCAAAAUGCUAACGUCGUGCCAAUCGGCCGACCUCUCCCGCUGGGACAAGCUCUUCAUCGCCUUGGAGAAUUCUCACAUGAGGCAGAACAUGCUGCUGGACUCGACGGAGUCCUGUCGCGGGGCGGCGGCGGCCCUGCGGGCGCAGGUGGACCGCCUGGCCCGGACGGCGUCCCGCCAGUGCCCGCCCUGGCAGGCCGUCCUCAAGACGCUCGAACAGCUCCGGGAGGAAGGCGAGGCGCGGGAGAGGAGGUUCAACGCCAGCUUGCAGACGUUGAAUCGCUCCAAGAUAGAACAGGAAACCGCGCAAGAUAUGACGUCGCUACCUGCCGACGGCGUGGAAAAGGCGCUAAUCGCCAUCUCCGGAGAGUUGCAGAGGCUCCACGCUCAGCUGGGCCGAGUCAUCCAACAGGCCGGCGCGCUGAGGAAGGACAGAGGAAACUCUUGAAAGGCCCCCACAAAAAUAAAUGGACCGCUUCCAUACAGUGCAUAGGAAAAGUCUACACACCCUUGUUCAAAAAUGUACCCAAAAAAGGGGGAAUCAUUUUAAAAGCCUUUGAACAGGGGUGCAUGUAGACUUAUUCUAUCCAUUUUAGAUUUGCACAUUUGUAUUAUUAUUGAGGAUUGUCCCAUUCUUUGAACUUGUUUGAACUUGUGGAUGCAUUUGAAGUGGAAAAAAAAAAGAAAAAGGAAUUAAAAGAAGCCCGGUAGCCUUGUGAAAAUGUGUCCUCCCUUUUAAGUUGCAACUAAUUGUGCGCUAGCCCAAACCUUUGUGCUCAAGGACCAUAUUUGAUUUUUUUUUUUUUUUUU